AUGGCUAAAAGAUACCCAGACGAUUACAAUGACGAGUUUACCGAUGAUUAUGUGACAUCCUAUUAUCAUGAUCUCGAGAAUGAUGACGAUGGUUUUUCUAGAUCAUUCAAUUGCUACUUUAGAGAUCUCAGAGAAAAAAUUGAUGAUGGAGAUGAAGACAGCAGUCUUUAUGAAUCCAUUCAUGUGGAAAGUCAGACGAGAAGAAAGUCUGAAAUGUUACAUCGAUCGAGAGGUAAGGAAAUCAGGCGAUCAAGUUCCCAAAUCUUCCAGCCGCAUCAACAACAGCAGCAUCAAUAUGUAUGGCCGCAACAACUGUUUGUUUCCCCAAAAAAUAAAUUGUCUAAACCAGUCAGAAGGAGGAAAAGUGAGAAAAUAAAAGAAUUUUUCACCAGGAAUGUCUUUAAAAGAUUUUCUAGUGCGGUCGAAAACAACAUCUCAGAUGAGCCCGCUAAUAAGAAGAAAAGGCAGCUCUAUACAGUAUCAACUCCACCUCCACUUCGUCACCAUCCUCUCAAUCAACUGAAAUUGCAACAACAGUCGCAAGAGCAACGACAACAUCCUCUGAGACAUCCUCGAAACUUUAUGGGCCGCCAGCAGAGGCAGCUUCGUCAACGACAGCAGCAAAUGUCGUUGCAACACGAACAACAACAAAGGCGACGACAAAGUAAUUUAAUUACUCGCUACAAGUUGCAACAACAAAGGAUGGAGGAGAAAAUGCGGCGGUACAAAAAGGUAGAGGACUGGAUUAGGAGUUCCCAAUCAUUCCAACUAACGCAAAGGGAAUGGUUUUGCAAGCAUCUCAUGGAAAGGAACUUAAGUAAUACCAGCGGACGCCUGGUUGACAAACAAGAGCAGACUGAACAUGGCUGGAUAGAUUUGGUGUACUUCAAAGAAAAUGAAAACUUGAAUAUAUUAGUCCGCAGAGGGGCCAACUUGAAUCCAAAGCUGACGGAAUUCUGCAACAGCUUUUUGGAAGUUUUCUACCUAGACAAUUCUACAACGGCCAUUAUGACGCACAGAAGCGCAACUGCAAAACACACAUUCCAUCCACGAUAUGAUUUCCCUGUCGUCAUUGAGAAUAUCAACCACGAAGGAAGAAUUAUCAUUAGAGUCUGGAACGUUGUACUGUAUGAAAGAAUUCACGAACUUCUCGGGGUAGCUUCUUUGAACGUUCCGAAGGAUAAUGAACUGAGAAGCAUACAAUGCCACCUCCAACGACCUUCCAUAAAUUUAAACUACCAUAGAAACAACAAUAAUGGCGUCCAAGAUGGCGCCCAAGAUGGCGUCGUCCACAACAACAAUUCGGAAAAUGAUUAUGAUGGGUACGACGAUUACAUCAACGAAAGUGGCCAUUCAUCAUUAGAAGAUGACGAUGAUGACGAUGUUGAUUAUGAUGAGUUCAACGAUUUUUGUAACGAUAGCGAUUGUGACGUAAGUGACGGUGAAGGUGACGUCACCAACGGAUUGGAUAUUUCUGUUUUGAAUGACGAGUACGAGGAUUUCUGCAGGUUUCGCUUACAGGGUCAUGUGAACACCACCACCACCAACAACAACAGCAGCAACAACAUCAUCAACAACAACAUUAACAACAACAUCAACAACAACAUCAGCAACAAACAAAGCCUAACGUGGCUAAACAACAACAACAAUCAUUACGACAUACUGAGUGUCAUACUCGAUGACGAGGACGACGACAAUGAUGGAAAAGGCGGGAAAAUAGUUGAUUGUGGGACAACGACUGAUGAUGGCGGGUAUCUUAACCCCAUCGACUGUAUAAUUGUAAAAGCCAGCAACAGUCAUUUUGGCGGGAAAGUUACAGACAUUUCUGGCGGGAAACCUGACGCCGUAAUAUAUGACGACGAUGGAUAUGCUGUCCCAGCUGACUGUUGUGAUGGUGAUGAUGAUGUGAAAGUCAGAGAUGGUGAUGAUGAUGAAAACAACAACAACAAUAAUAAUGAUAAUAUUAAUUGUGUCUACGAUCUAAUCCAUGAUUAUGUAGAUGUAAACGAUUGCAUUAAUGCUAAUGAGGAAGGUGCUGAUAAUGAUGUCCAGCGUGAUGGUGAUGAUAAUGAUGUCCGACAUGGCGAUGAUGAUGAUGGUAAUAAUGAUGUAGUUGCUAAUGAUGUGGAUAAUGGUGGUGCUGAUGACGAUAUCGUUGCUAGCGGCGGUGCUGAUAACGAUGUAAGAAAUAGCGGUGAUGAUAGUGGUACGGCAAAUGGCGGAAGUGGUAAAAAGGAGAAUGACCGGAAAUCCGGAAAGUUGAAAAAAUACUGGACGUCACUUGGGAGGAGAUUUUUUAAGAAUUAA